AGGACGUUGGUGUUGCCUUGGCGGAGGUUUACGCUCUCCGAGUGCUCUUGUUUUUUAAUUGCUUUUUGCCUUUGUUUUUCUUUGGAAUCUUAAUAUUUCAAAGUAAAGCAUUAUUCAUAUUAUGUUCAUACGGAAUAUCAUUGCUGAUAUGACAGCAUGGAACCUAUACAGUAUUAGGAAUGGAAUAUAAAUCAUUCAAAUGUACCACCAUAAUAAGUUCCACUUGUCAUAAUGACUCCAUCUGAAGACACACAAUAGCAGCCAUGUUGGGGCAACAAAUCCAGUUAUUCAGCUAAUAGCCAAGAUUUAGUUUCGAUCGAAAACAACAAAUUCAAGAACAUAACAAGAUAGAGGCUCUUAAAACUAUGGCAGCUGUCAAACGGAUUAAGGUUUAUAUCACAAUUCUAAAGAGUGGAUAUUUAACCAAAGUGAACCAGGGGAAUCUGAGUUCCUUAAAUCUUAUGUCAAACCGAAAUGUAGUCCGGUGGUUUAUAUUUGGUUUACGGAACAAAGUAUUACCAUUUCUUGAAACUUACGACACAUCUGAGAAUUGGAAGAAGAAAAAGCCUCUUCAUUAUUAUGACUUAGCAGAAUGUAAGCAAAUCACAUACAAUGCAGGGAAUCACCUUACGAAUUAUUCCUUUUGUUUGUUGUUACCUGACAAAGUUUUAGAAUUGAAAGCAAAAAAUAGACAGGAAAUGAUGGAAUGGGUACGAAUAUUGGAGAAGACACUGAGUUCUUUGGGCUUAAUUCAGGCUGAUUCUAAGGAGCAUAUCUAUGUCCUGGAUCCUUUGCCACCACCAACUCUGCGUAACAAGGAAGAGACACCUCCUUCAUCCGUUUCAUCCCCCAACAGAUACAGCUCUUCCUCGUUGUCCUCCCUGGAACUAAACUUUCCUGAACACCAACCGCCACCUCCGCCACGUCCCAUCGAAUUAAUCAUGGAGUCACUGCCUGCAACCCCACCACGAACUUCCCCGCCUCCAAUCUCCACCGUACUAACACCGCCUCCACCUCCCCCACUUCUACCACCCACAGGUGCCCCUCCACCACUGCCACUAACAACACCUCCACCACUGACAUCACCUCCGCCUCCACUGCUGCCUACAUCACCAUCACCAUCAUCAUCAGUGCCACAGACUCUAUCUGCAGCCGCUGCGGCAGCAGUAGUCACCACAAAACUGGCUCCAGGACAACAUUUAGACACCAGCAUUUCAACAGAAUCCCCACCCAUUCCAUUACGGGAAAAUAAACGCAACUUGAUGAACAGAAACAUCACACACCGGUUCUCCUUUUCUGAUUUUGGUACAGUUCAAACUAACAUUCCUUCGACGUCUCAUUUGGCGGCGUUACAUCCAGAAAUAAAUAAAAGAUCUCUUCGGGUAAAAUCUGAAGUUUAUCACAACACACCGCCUUCAUAUCAUUCUGUGGUGUCCCGAGAGAAUUCAGAAAGCAAUGAAAUGGCUUAUGUCAGUGACAGAGACAAUAAUUUUCAAUGCAGGGAACAAAAUGAGAAAACAUUUGGUGGAUCAAGAGACAGUAUAGAAAGCGAGUAUUCUUGGGAAGGAGACAACAUAUAUGGCUAUACUUGUGAUGGACGUACUUUGAUCCCCAAUUCCAAGACCGAUCUUGUUUAUUCCUACCCAGCUAAUUUCAAAGUUUGUGAUUUUCAGAAGUAUGUCAUUCACAGAUCUCAAGAAUUAACCACUUCUGAUGAUAAUACUUCAUUUCAUCAAAAGAAAUAUUUGAAAAAUAGCGCCAAUGAAGAAACCAAUGCAAAUUCUGCUGUGUUACCAUCGUCUACAAACUUUUUCUCAGAUUCUUCACCUUUUAAAUGUGCUAGUUCUCCUACGUCACCACAAUCGAAAAAAUAUCAUAAACUUUCUUCUCGGGAAAUGAAAGAAAUUGACUCACUGCCAUGGUUUCCUGGUUUUGGUGCCAAACCAGACCAAAGCCGUCUUUCAUCGUCAAUGCUUAGUUCUUCAAGUUCUGGUGUAAGUUACGAACUUCAGUUAGAGAAUGCGGAGCAAAAUGCUACAAACAUUAUAAACAAUAAUGUGACGUGCACUUCAUGCAAACACAGGAAUUGUCUUUCUUCUGCCAAUUUCCCAAAGAAUGGUAUUCAUUCAACUUCUAAACCAGAACAAAUACUCUACAAUAGGGAAUUCCUUUCAGAAAACCUUGAUCAGUUGAGCUUAACUCCAAAUAACCAAAAUUCAAGAUAUUCAAACAGUAAUAUGAGCUCAGAUGAGGACUUCCACAUGCAAAACAGCCAACAUGUGCAAAACAUCCAACAUGUGCAUAAUAGCCAACAUGUGCAAAACACUCCACAUUCAGCACCUGCAGCUUUACCUCCUCAACCCCAAAUCCCUGCUAAACCACCUGUAAAUAUUCCUCCUGAGCAACGAGAGCAUGAAGAUGAUACGCCUCCAUUACCUCCUCCUCGAAUACCCAGACGUAGUGAUAUCUUUCCUCCUCGGAGACCACCCCGUCCUAACAGCUUUGUUCCUAAAUCUCGCGAUCAGCAAACGGAGAAUGAUUUAGAAACUGCUUCUUCGGAUGAAAGCUUGGACAAUGCUCCGAAUUUUGUUACAAAUCUAGCCAUGAGUCAAGUCUUACAACUCAAAGAAGAGCUCAAAAAAACAAAUGGCUUGACAAUUUCUGUAUCUCGAACAGAUAUAUAUAACAUUGCUUUUGUGGAAUAUGCUAAGAAAAUUUGGGUUGCUGGCUGGAAUCAACGAGAAUGCCCCAAUCUUUACCAUAUUCUACAUGUUGGAGAUGAACUUCUCUGCCUGAACAAAGUCACUGUAGAUUCUAUAUCUUGGUUAAAAUCCCUUAUAAAAAAAUCAAAUCAGUUUGAUUUGGAAAUCAAAAGAAUACCAAAGGGACAAUUAUAUAUAAUCAAGAAAGAAGUGGAAGCGCAGUCCCUUGGUAUACAGAACGACUCCAAAACUGGGGAAAUUCUUUCUGUUGAACCUUCGGGCUUAGCUGGCAGACAAGGUAUGCAAUCAACUCCAGGUAACAAGACGAAAGAUAAACUGAAUCACUGGGUAUUCACAGAAAUUAACAGUCGACCAUUGAAUCUGUUUGCAAAUUACACACAGUCAUUUGACAGCGGCCAUGCUGGAGCACCGCCUUUAAUCGAGCAACUCGACUCCGGGCCUUAUUCUUUUGUGACCGACCGUUUAAAUUCUGUUGGCAUGGAUAUAUCAUUUGUUGUGCAACCAUCAGAUUUCAUCAAACAGCUCAGAAAACAGCUCAAGAAAAUGAGUAAUUUCACAGACUACUGUCUCGGUUAAUUAAGGAUCGUUACUUAUUGAACAUAAAUCUCACCACAAAUGCUUCAUCUCCUCGCUGAUUGAAUUUUUAAUUAACCUAUUAAGAAAUUUCAAUGAAAUGUGAAGAAAUCUUUAAAAAUUAAAAGAGUUGCAUUCUAGUUUUCACACCUGAUGAAUGUUAAAUUGCUAGUUCCUUAUUGUGCAAUGAUUAACAAAAAAAAACAAACAAAAAAUAUUGAUCUUAUAGACAAGUAGAACACAUGAACCAGUAUCACAGUAUGUGAACUUUUGGAAAUCUAAAUCUGCGAACAAGUAUUUUCUGCCAAAUUGGACAUGAAAAUUGGUUUGCUUCAUUUAAUGUUUUGACUUUUGCAAUCGGAUUUUUUUUUUUUUUUUGUUAUGUACCUUUGUCAGCCUAAAUUCUGACUUAAAAGUGUACACUUGCUCAAGGUUUUAAUUGUUUUUAAUUGUUCGUUUUUUCUUUUUU